AUAUUUGGCAUCCUUGGAGAGACGCUGCACAUUGACUCACUCAGCGGUUUUCACACACGGAAACAAAACAAAAACAACGGAACCAACAGGAAGGAAGUGUUCGGACCCACACCCACGGCUCCUGCCCGGCGCUGGAAGCGGCUCGGAUCAGCGGCAAAGUGCCGGGAAUUCACCCCAGAGAUCAGUCGCACGAAUCCGGGUUCCCUGGCCUGACCUUUGACCUUUGACCUUGGACCUUCUUCUUCUUCUGCUGUCAGUUUUUUUCUGACAUUUUCCAUUUAGCGCGGGUGCUAUCAGCUACAAAAGUUGUAAAAUAGCGUUAGCUGCCAGGAUGGAUCGCAGCAGCUGGAGCGGCAGUGAGAGUCCUGGAGAAGACAUGGACAGACUGAGUGACUCAGGUGGAGAUAAAACCAUGGACGGCGACCCUGAGGGUGUCUGGAGCCCCGACAUCGAGCAGAGCUUCCAGGAGGCCCUGGCCAUCUACCCCCCGUGUGGAAGGAGGAAAAUUAUCCUGUCGGACGAAGGGAAGAUGUACGGUCGAAACGAGCUGAUAGCCCGAUACAUCAAGUUGAGGACAGGAAAGACGCGAACCAGGAAACAGGUUUCCAGUCAUAUCCAAGUUUUAGCCCGAAGGAAAUCCAGGGAGUUUCAGUCCAAACUAAAGGACCAGAACACGAAGGACAAAGCCCUUCAGAGCAUCUCGUCCAUGUCCUCAGCUCAGAUCGUCUCAGCCACAGCCAUUCACAGCAAACUGCUGCCAGGACUGGUCCGGAGCAGUUUCCCUGCCAAUGCACAGCUGUGGCAGGGCGUGAUACCAGGGGGUCAGUCCAGUUCCACCACAGAAGACAUCAAGCCGUUCUCUCAGCAGGCCUUCCACGUGCAGACAGCAGGAACCACCACCAUCUCAGCAGUUUUCGAACCUCCCACCGCGGCCCAAACACACAGAGAGCCCGCGUGGCAGGGUCGCUCCGUCUGCACCACCAAACUACGACUGGUGGAGUUCUCAUCGUUUCUGGAGACACAGAAGGAGCAGGAGGCAUACAACAAGCAUCUGUUUGUGGACGUCAGUCAGAGCAGCCCCGGCUACAGCGACCCCCUGCUGGAGUGUGUGGACAUCAGGCAGAUCUACGACAAGUUCCCUGAGAAGAAGGGCGGCCUCAAGGAGCUCUUCAGCAAAGGGCCGCAAAACGCUUUCUACCUGAUCAAGUUCUGGGCCGACCUUAACUACAGCGGACAGGACGAUCCUACGGCGUUCUACGGAGUCAGCAGUCAGUACGAGAGCUCGGAGAACAUGACCAUCACCUGCUCCACUAAGGUCUGCUCCUUUGGCAAACAGGUGGUGGAGAAGGUGGAGACAGAAUACGGCAGGUUUGAAAACGGACGCUUCGUCUACAGGAUCAGCCGUUCUCCCAUGUGUGAAUACAUGAUCAACUUCAUCCACAAACUCAAGCACCUGCCUGAGAAGUACAUGAUGAACAGUGUCCUGGAGAACUUCACCAUUCUGCUGGUGGUGACCAACAGAGACACUCAGGAAACCUUGCUGUGUAUGGCGUGUGUGUUCGAAGUGUCGAACAACGAGCACGGAGCGCAGCAUCACAUUUAUCGACUCGUUAAGGAAUAACACACACACACACACACACGCACACGUAAAAAAAAAAA